GGAUUGGGUUUUAAACGUCCUCUAACAGACUGCAUUUAUGUCCCAUCUUAAGCACUAAAGCCGUAACUGAAAAUAAGCGUAAGGACAAUGAUCCUACGCAUGAUGUAUAUGCUGCCAAUGAUGUUGGGACGCACCUUUGAUGUGAGGACCAACUUUGUUGGAAUGGACAUCUUUCCUCAGACGCAAGUAGGCAAGCCAAGGGUGAGCGAAGAACCUUUUUUCCACUCCCAGUUCAAGACUUUGGAAACGUCAUCGGACGUGAAGGACGUGCUGGAGAUCAAUGGUGACUUGUCUCUCAACAUCAAGGCUGGGACGUUCGCCUUCAGAGGGAUGGGCUCCUACGUCAUGGAGAGCCUAGAAGCAGAGAACUCAGUUGACAUCCUCACCAAAGUCAGUUUUCGAACGGUAUCCAAGAGCCUUCCCCAUUCGGCCAGGCCGAAUCCAGCCUGGACUUCUAUAGAUAAAGCGUACCUGGGCACUCACUAUGUUCAGACUGUCAUUUAUGGAGGAGAUCUGAUAGCUUGCGUCAGAUUCCGUGCCACCCGGUCUGAAAAUUUGAUGGAUAUUCGGGGUACAGUGAAAGCCUCCUUGGCCACCAGUGGAAGUGCGCUUGACUUGGUCAGCGAAGGCAAGUUGGAAAUGCUGGAGAGGGAAUUGAACGGAACCGCCCGCAUGGAGAUACAGUACUUUGCAACUGUACCCCUAGAGGGGGUGCCUCAUACCAUUCAAGGAUUUCGAGACUUGGUGAAAAACUUCGAGAGUCAUGUAAAAGAAGUGAACGGGGGAUUAGGAGCUCCAGUCGAAGUUGAACUCGAAGAACUCUCUACCUUGGAUGAAGACUUUGAAUACCUCAGAAACUCAAUGUUUGAUAUUGAGCUAAAUUUUUUCGAGGAAUAUUUUGAUGAUUUACUUUCCACAAAAUCUCGUCUCAAAGCUUGGAUAGAGACGCUUCCAGAAACGUUGUCAAAGGAACAAGAGAAAAAAAUAGCCACAUUCAUUGAAAGACUUUCUAGCAUUACUGGGGUAUUUGUGGACACUGUAGCCAAUUUGGAUUUGGAGGCCGGCAUUGAACAGUUGGACAAAGCUACUGAAGCAUACAUGGAAGAAAAGAACUACGCAAUGACUGGGAAAUUCCGGAGGGAGUUCUCCAGGAUGACGCAAGAUUUUGAAAUUCCAAAGUCCGAAGAUGAAAACUCAGCCUAUUCCGUCUAUGUACAAUAUGGCUCCAACGAAUGCUCAGGGGACAAUGACACGACCACCGUCUACUCUGGCUAUGUGGCAUCCUCUCCACGGCACCAAUCGGGUGCGGGACACAACUACCUGUGCCUACCGAGUACCCCUCAGAGCAGAGAAGAGUCCAAGGAUGGAAUGAGCAUCAUUUCCGGUGUCAAGUAUGGACUGCUGAGAGACAGGCCCUCUAACAUGCAUGUGGAAAAUCUCGUUUUGAGGAGUGUGGUCUGUUCCGUAUGCAAAAUCAGGGAUAGACCCUCUUUGAUUACUACUGCAGAUCAGAAAGAAUGCCCAACGGGAUGGAUUGAACAAUACAGAGGAUUUCUCAUGUCUUCUUUAGACGUCAGUAGAGCAGAAAACCUGUGCGUGGACUCGAAAUUUCAGGCAUACCAUUCUGGCUCCAUGGGACCAGAUGAUCAAAGUCUUUCGUUUGUGCAAGUGAAUCCUGUCCGGAAAACCCCUCAUUUUGUACAGUGCAUUGUUUGCACUCAAUAA